AUGAAUACCAUAUAUUCAGAAGGAAACAAUGUAUCUUUGGAGGAAGAUGAACUGCGGCGAAGGAGAUAUGACCACGAGGAAUAUGAAGGAGGACGAAGAAGAAGACGACGAAUGAAUGAAAACGGAGAAAGAGACUUGAGAAGAGCACUGGAGAUCUCACAAUGGGAAGAUCAGAGGCGGAGACAUGAGGAGGAACAGAGGAAGGAGGACGAACUGCAACGUCGGGAGAACCUAAUCCGAGACGAGGAGGAAAGGAGACGACCAGGCGAAGAGAGGCUUAGCGCGAUGAGAGGCCGUCCCCAUGAGGAAGAUGGAGGAAACUUGAACCAAGAAGUCCUGAACGAGUUGAGAUACAUUAGGGCUUUAAUUAAUAACUCACGGAGAGGUGGAAGAGUACAGUUAGCAGAAGCAAUAGAGGAAGCAGAUAAAUCGCCAUUCACCUAUGAGAUCAUGCAUGCGGACAUCCCGGAGAAAUGUGUAUUACCAACGCUUGCAAGCAUAUUCAGUGGAAAGUGCAGUGCAACACUUGAAGCAAUAUACCCUUUCGUUUAUGCAAUGGGGACGAAAUGA